AUGUCUAUUGGGAAUGUUCGCUCUGCAUGCUACCACAGGCUACGGUUUCUUGAGGAAAAAUUCCGCCUUCAUCUGUUACUGAAUGCAGAUCGGGAGUUUGUCGCUCAGAAAAGUGCACCACACCGAGACUUCUACAAGAUCCGAAAAGUUGAUACUCAUAUUCAUCAUUCUGCAUGCAUGAAUCAGAAGCAUCUGCUCCGCUUCAUCAAGUCAAAAUUAAGAAAAGAACCUGAUGAGGUUGUUAUUUUUAGGGAUGGAAAGUAUAUGACGCUUAAGGAGGUGUUUGAGAGUUUGGAUUUGACCGGAUAUGAUGUGAAUGUGGAUUUGUUGGACGUCCAUGCAGAAAAGAGCGCAUUUCAUAGAUUUGACAAAUUCAACCUAAAGUAUAAUCCUUGUGGACAGAGUAGACUCAGAGAGAUAUUUUUAAAGCAGGAUAAUCUUAUCCAGGGAAGGUUUCUGGCUGAAGUAACAAAGCAAGUUUUGUUAGAUCUUGAAGCAAGUAAAUAUCAGAUGGCCGAGUACAGGAUCUCUGUUUAUGGAAGAAAACAGAGCGAAUGGGAUCAGCUUGCAAGUUGGUUUGUGAACAAUGCUCUUUAUAGCAAGAAUGCCGUAUGGCUAAUCCAGUUACCGCGUCUAUAUAAUAUCUACAGGAGUAUGGGAAUUGUUACCUCCUUUCAGAAUAUUCUGGAUAACGUGUUUAUUCCUCUAUUCGAAGCCACAGUAGAUCCAAAUUGUCAUCCUCAAUUACAUUUGUUUUUGAAUCAGCAUGGAAAAAGGUGUCCAACUAAGCAUAUGCCUACUCCUGCUCAAUGGACAAAUGAAUUCAAUCCAGCAUACUCUUAUUACCUCUAUUACUGCUAUGCAAACUUGUACACACUCAACAAGCUGCGCGAGUCUAAAGGAAUGACAACAAUUAAAUUGCGGCCUCAUUGUGGAGAGGCAGGUGAUAGUGAUCAUUUGGCUGCUGCCUUCCUCCUAUGCCAUAACAUUUCCCAUGGCAUUAAUCUACGGAAGACUCCGGUUUUGCAAUAUUUAUAUUACCUUGCGCAGGUUGGAUUAGCUAUGUCACCGCUUAGCAACAAUUCCCUUUUCCUGGACUAUCACCGCAAUCCUUUGCCAAUGUUUUUCCAGCGAGGGCUGAAUGUCUCUCUCUCUACUGACGAUCCUUUGCAAAUUCAUUUGACAAAAGAGCCACUGCUAGAAGAAUAUAGCGUUGCAGCAAAGGUAUGGAAACUCUCUGCUUGUGACCUGUGUGAGAUAGCUAGAAACUCUGUUUACCAAUCUGGAUUUUCACAUCAAGAUAAGUUACACUGGCUAGGGGAUAAAUAUUUCUUAAGAGGUUCUGAAGGAAAUGACAUUCACAAGACAAAUGUUCCCAGUUUGAGGAUCUCUUUCCGAUAUGAGACAUGGAAGGAUGAAAUGCAAUAUAUUUAUGCUGGUCAAGCCACCUUUCCUGAAGACGUAGAUCCUUGAAACCAGAUGAAAGUCAUUGUUCACCCUUUGAUAUUAGAUGCUUACGUCGGUGAUUUGGUGAACUUUCUUUUGAUGAGCAACAAUUUUGGCAGUGACAAGCCAAUGAAUGCCAUGCUCUCUUGCAAGUCCUGUUUCAUAUUGCCCCUCAAUACUACUACUAUCACUACUACUAAUGAUGAUAAUGUUGGUAAGCUCUAGAAUCAGCACCCAUACUAUUACUUGGAAGGAAGCAGGAACACUUCUGUAAGUUAUUUACGAAGUCAAUAGUAUUAUAGUAGUUAGUAAUUAAUAAUAAUGUAGCAAUUUUGUUCUUCAUCAGCAUGAAUAGGCAGAGUUAGGGUUUCUAAUCCGUUGUAACAAAAACAUGAGUGUUUUAAAUGAAAGAUCCUCUUAUGCAUUUGUUUAUCUUA